AUGUCCACCAUCAAAACACUGAUUGUUGUGGCUGUUAAGAAACAGUGGCCCAUGUUUCAGUUGGAUGUUAACAAUGCUUUCUUGCAUGGUGAUCUUGAUGAUGAAGUCUUUAUGAAGCUCCCUCCUGGUUACACUGUUCCUUCUAUAUCUUCUUCUGGGCAACUGGUUUGCAAGUUGCAGAAAUCUCUUUAUGGCCUUAGGCAAGCCUCAAGACAGUGGUAUGCCAAGCUCUCCCAGGCUCUAUCUUCUAGAGGUUAUCAGCAUUCUCUCAAUGAUUACUCCCUCUUCACCAAAGUUUCUGGGGAUUCUAUUGUGGUCUUAGCUGUUUAUGUGGAUGAUAUUAUUUUAACUGGGACUGAUAGUGCUGAGAUUCUUGCCCUUAAAUCUUUUCUUCAUCAGCAGUUCAGAAUCAAGGACUUGGGUUCACUCCACUAUUUUUUGGGUCUAGAGGUCUUCUAUUCUGCAUCUGGGGUUGUUUUGCAUCAGAAAAAGUUUCUUCAUGACCUCCUUAUUGAGUUCCAUUGCUCUGAUGCCACUCCUGUGGUUUGUCCUCUCCCACAGUCCCUCAAGCUCAAGGCCAAGGAAGGGGUUCCUCUUCCUAAGCCUGAAGUAUACAGGUCCUUAGUUGGGAAGCUAAACUUCCUCACCCACACCAGGCCAGAUAUUUGUUUUGCUGUGCAGCAUCUUUCUCAGUUUAUGCAAUCUCCUUGUGUGCCUCAUUUGGAAGCUAGUUUGCAUUUGUUGAAGUACUUGAAGGGUACAGCUGAGUUUGGCAUUUUUCUCAACAAUGCUCCUGAUUUUUCUGUUGCUGCUUUCUGUGAUAGUGACUGGGCUGCUUGCCCAGACACUAGGAGAUCUGUCUCAGGCUUUUGUGUGCUUUUGGGUGGUAGUAUUGUGGGUUGGAAGUCUAAAAAGCAGCCUGUGGUCUCAAUGUCCUCUGCUGAAGCUGAAUAUAGAGCCAUGAGCAAGGCUGUCAGUGAAGUUACUUGGAUGCACAGGUUGCUCCUGGACUUGGGUGUUUCAUGUUCUUCUGCUAUUCCCCUAUCUUGUGAUAGCCAAGUUGCUAUACACAUUGCCAAGAACCCUAUUUUUCAUGAGAGGACUAAGCAUAUUGAGUUGGACUGUCACUUGGUCAGAACUAAACUUGCUGAAGGUCUCAUCCAACUACUUCACACAUCUUCCUCUACUAGCUAG